CCCCGCUCAAAUUCGGAUCCCCUGCGCCCUACAAAUAUCGCACGGCCACUGGAAAUCUCUUUGUUUCUCUCUCUCCCUCUUUUCGAGCGAUUUAGGGUUCGGAAAAAACGAUGGAGGAGAGGGAGAAUGGGGUUUUGAUCGAUGGAGAUGCGAGGUCCCCGACGUCCGUUUUGCAAGAUGAGGAAAUUUGUAACGCUAAGUCUGCGCUAGAGAAGCAUCAAAUCGGCGACCUUGGAGAGAGCCGUGUGGCUGGUGAAGAUUCCAGUCUGCCACUCGAACUGGAGGCAAAGAAUGGGGACGCAUCCUUAGUCUCGCAUGCCAUGGCCGAAGAAGAGGAGAAGAUGCUGGAAGCUCGAGUGAAGCAAGAGGGGAUGACGCAAGAUGCGACUCCUGAUGGUCUAAACUCUAAGCUUCGAUUCAGCAAGUUGGAUGAACUACUGACACAAACCCAACUAUACUCAGAGUUCCUACUAGAGAAGAUGGAUAAUAUCUCAUUUAGCAAGACAGAGGACCAUGUGGAGGCAGAGGAUGAGCCAACAGAAAAGAAGACUGGACGAGGUCGCAAGAGGAAGCCUACCACUCAAUAUAACAGCAAGAAAGCCAAGACUGCAGUUAGAGCUAUGUUGACAAGGUCAAAUGAACAAGUGUCUUCUGAAGAUGCUAAUGUGACAGAGGAGGUGAGGGCUGAGAAAGAGCAGGCUGAACUUGUGCCUUUGAUGACUGGAGGAAAAUUGAAGCCUUAUCAGAUUAAAGGUGUGAAAUGGCUGAUCUCAUUGUGGCAAAAUGGGCUGAAUGGAAUUUUAGCAGAUCAGAUGGGUCUUGGGAAAACCAUUCAAGCAAUAGGGUUUCUUGCACAUCUUAAAGGAAAAGGUUUGGAUGGACCUUACAUGAUCAUAGCUCCUCUUUCUACACUCUCAAAUUGGGUCAAUGAGAUUUCCAGGUUUGCUCCUUCAAUGACUGCUAUUAUAUAUCAUGGAACAAAGCAAGAGAGAGAAGAGAUAAGGAGGAAACAAAUGCCUAAGCAGAUCAGCCCUAAAUUUCCUCUAAUCAUUACUUCAUAUGAGGUUGCAUUUCAUGAUGCAAAGUUUCUAGCUCACUAUAGAUGGAAGUAUGUUGUUGUUGAUGAGGGACACCGGUUGAAAAAUUCAAAAUGUUUGUUGUUGAGAGAACUGAGACGCCUGCCAAUGGAAAAUAAGCUUCUUCUCACUGGAACACCUCUGCACAACAAUCUGGCUGAACUUUGGUCUCUGUUAAAUUUCAUUUUGCCUGACAUUUUCUCAUCCCAUCAAGAGUUUGAAUCAUGGUUUGAUUUGUCUGGCAAAGCCAAUGGUGAUAGCAACUCAGAGGAGAGUGAAGAGAAAAAAAGGGUUCAGGUGGUCAUGAAGCUCCAUUCAAUAUUGCGCCCUUUCCUUUUAAGAAGAAUGAAGGAAAAUGUGGAGCAAAUGCUUCCAAGAAAAAAGGAGAUCAUACUCUAUGCUAAUAUGACUGACCACCAAAAACAUAUACAGGAGCACUUGGUCAAUAAGACACUUGAAGAUUACUUGCAAGAAGAAGCAGAGAUUGUAACAUUGAGACCGGGCAUGAAAGGGAAGUUGAAUAACUUGCUGAUGCAGCUUAGGAAGAAUUGCUGCCACCCUGAUCUUUUGCAUUCUGCUUAUGAUCAAUCAACUUUAUAUCCACCUAUUGAAAAACUUCUAGAACAGUGUGGCAAAUUCCGCUUGAUGGACAGAUUAUUAACUUUGCUCUUGGCUAGGAAGCACAAAGUUCUAAUUUUCUCUCAGUGGACUAAAGUUUUGGACAUCAUUGACUAUUUCUUAAGUGAGAAACACCUUGAGGUUUGUAGAAUUGAUGGUCAAAUUAAACUGGAUGAAAGAAAAAAACAGAUAGAGGCGUUCAAUGAUCUAAACAGCAAUGUUAGCAUUUUUCUUCUCAGCACUCGGGCAGGUGGGCUUGGUAUCAAUCUUACUGCUGCUGAUACAUGCAUCUUGUACGACAGUGACUGGAACCCUCAAAUGGAUCUGCAGGCAAUGGAUCGAUGCCACAGGAUUGGCCAAACAAAGCCAGUCCAUGUUUAUAGAUUAGCAACAUCACAUUCUGUGGAGGGACGGAUAAUAAAGAAGGCCUUCGAAAAAAUGAAAUUGGAGCAUGUUGUUAUUGCUAAGGGACAGUUCCAGCAAGAUCGGCAGAAAACCAAUACACUAGAGGAAUCAGAACUGCUGGCAUUGCUUCGGAAUAAGGAGGAUCCUGAUGAUAAACAGAUCGAAACAGACAUCAGCCAGGAGGAUUUGGUCAGGGUCAUGGAUCGGAGCGACCUAGUAGAACCCAUCGAUGGUGGCGCUCCAGUUAGCAGUUGUGCCCUUCCACUUAGAGGACCCGGGUGGGAGGUGGUGACCCCAGCACAGAGUGGCGGCAUGUUGUCGUCACUCACUGCUUGAUUUCUAAUCACUCGCUCCGUCUUGGUUUUGUUUUGGCUGGCCAUGAUGAUGCAAGUAACCGAAUAGAAGUUGUUACUAACAUUUCUGUUGAUUUAAACCAAACCCUGCUGUGAAGUCUGAACAACUGAUGCAGUAAUUUAUUUUUGGAUAUGCACACUGUAUCUCCUGUUUUUGACAGUAGUACAUAUCUUGUAAGUCCUAAUGAUUGUAACUCACGGUACUAAUCUCUGGAUUCACGAAUCCCUCUGAUCAGUUUUCUUCAUUGAAUCAGAGUUCAUUAUGCAGCUGCCACUUA